UCCUUUUUCAUUUAGAUCAAAAACUAAAAGGAAUCAUCAUCAUCAUCAUACUCCUCAUCCUCAUCAAUCAUUCCAUCCUGGAUCAUGUGAGAAAAGUCUGUCACUGACAGACUGUUUUUUUUUUUUUUCCCCUUUUCCUUUUCUGAACUUUUUUUUUCCUCAAGUGGGGUGGUUCUUUCAAGAAGUUUUCUAGUGGAUUAAUUAAGAUUUUCUGCGUUGUUGCCAACUGCACCAUUCCUUUCCUUAAUUUCUUCAUCUUUUUUUUCAUUUCAAUUUCUUAACUACUGGGAACUGCCACUUUGGUCCUCCAUUCACAAUCAUUAUGGCCACCCAAACUCUUGAUUCCCAUCAAACUUCUACAUCCGAUGAGAAAAUGGUGAAGUUAAGUAGUGAAACAGUACAAAUGGAACAGAUAAAUGUCUCUUCACCACAAGAAACUGUAGAAGACGACAAAGAGAAAGGCAAAGCUGACAACGUACAUAUUCCAGAUAGUACUUUGUCCACGACAGAAGAAAAAGAAGUGGAUAUUCAGGUUGAGCCUCCUGUUAUUGAGGUGAAAAAAAGAGAUGAAGAUCCUGUUGUUGGUCUAUCAAUUCAAGACACUGUGAAGGUGGAAAAAGAAUCACCUUUUGUCGCAGAGGUAGUGACCUCUGUUGCUGAGGAGAGCCCAUCAGCUGAACCGGUUGGAGGAGAAGCAACAGAGCUGCCAGUAAUUGCGUUCUUGGAGAGGAGUAUAAAGGAGUUUGAUGCAGCUGACAAUGUUAAGAGCCCACCAGAAGAGCAGCCAACUGCACAAAAAGUAGAAGAGCAACCAUUAGAGGCUGUGGGCCUUCCAAAGUUAGAGGAUGAAUCAUCAGACGAUACGGUUGACAGUCAAGGAAAAGAGAAACCAGGUGCCGCUGUACAGUCUGCAACAGAAGCCGCAGAAAAAGUUGAAACUUUAACUGCGCCUGUUGAAGUAGAAGAGAAGAAGCCACAGAUUAUUGAUAAUCCAGAAUUAUCAGUUGUUGUAGACUCAGGUAAGGGCCCAGCAGAGGCAAAUGAGGAACUGGCAACAGAAUGCGUCAGUGUAGAGAAAGAACCAGACAAGGAACCAGAAGCUGGUGUUCCAGAAGAAUCCGUUGAACCAGCAAAGAAAGAAGCUCAGCCGAUAGAGGUUGUUCCAGCGGAAGAACCAAUAGAGGCGGUUGCAAAAGAAAUUGUUGAAACAGUUGAACCUCCAGCAGAAGAGAAGCAGCCAGCCGAAGUUCAUCCAAUCAAAGGAUUGGAAGAAGUGAAAGCAAAAGAAGUUCCCAAGGAAAAGGAGCAGGCAUCUGAAGUUGAACCAGCGCAAGAAUCAAGAGAGGUGAUUGAAACAAAGAUUAGUGAAUCUGUAGAAGUUCCCCAGGAAAGUGAAUUGCUAGUUGAAGUUCAUCAACCAAAAGAACUAGUAGCGAAAGAAAAAGAGACAAAUGAAUCCAUCGAACCUCUCAAGAAUGAGGAGCAGCCGGUUGAAGUUAUUUCCCAGAAAGAAUCAGUUGAAGUUAUGGUAGAAGAGGUUAGCGUAUUAUUUGAACCUCACAAGAACAAGGAGCAGGCAGAUGAAAGCUUUUCAGCGACAGAAUCUGGAGAAGAGAACAAAAAAGAAGCCAAUGAUUCCACAUUGGGUUCUGAAGAAGUUGAGAAACAAGAAAAGGAGAUCAUUGAAGUGAAGGAUGGUACAGGAGAGUUAUCUGAAAUAACUAAACAAGUUCUUGACACUCAUGCCGAGGCUGAAACCGUGAAAGAUGAGAAGCCAUUAGCAUCUGGAGAUGACCAUGGCCCAUCAAUUGAAGGGAAAAUCCAGGAAGAGGGAAGUGAUAAACAAGAUUCAGUAGGUCAGGUGGCUGAAUCUGGUCCUAUAGAAGACUCUGUUAAGAGCCCAGAAAAAGAGCAACCAGCUACAGAGUUUGAAAGUGUGGAGAAAGAGCCAGAGGAGGAACCAGAGACAAUUAGUCUUCCAGAAAAAUCUGUAGAACCACCAAAGAAAGAAGCGCAGCCAAUUGAGGCUGUUUCAGUGAAAAAACCAGAAGAGGUGGUUGCAAAAGAAGUUAUUGAAACCCUUGAACCUCCAAUGCAAAAGGAGCAGCCAGCAGCGAUAGCAAAAGAGAGAAUUGAUGCGGUAGCAGAAGAAGUUACUGAAACAAUUGAACCUCCAAAGAAAGAAGCGCAGCCAAUUGAGGUUGUUUCAGUGACAAAACCAGAAGAGGUGGUUGCAAAAGAAGUUAUUGAAAUCAUUGAACCUCCGAUCGGAAAGGAGCAGCCAGCAGUGAUAGCAAAUGAGAGAAUUGAUCUGGUAGCAGAAGAAGUUACUGCAACAAUUGAACCUCCAACAGAAAAGGAGCAACCAGUAGUGAUAGCAAAAGAGAUAAGUGAGGUUAUCCCAAAGGAAGUUACUGAAACAGUUACAACAGGAAAGGUGCUACCAGUAGUGACAGCAAAAGAGAUAAGUGAGGUGGUUGCAGAAGAAGUUAUUGAAACGAUUGAACCUUCAACAGAAAAGGAGCAACCAGUAGUGAUAGCAAAAGAGAUGAGCGAGGUGGUUGCAGAGAAAGUUACUGAGCCAGAUGAAACGGUUGAACCUCCAAUAGAGAAGGACCAACCCGUGGUGAUAGCAAAAGAGAUGAUUGAGGUUGUUGCAGAAAAAGUUAGUGAAACAGUCGAACCUCCAACAGAAAUGGAGCAACCCGUGGUGAUAACAAAAGAGAUAAGUGAGGUGGUCGCAAAAGAAGUUACUGAAAUGGUUGAACCUCCAACAGAAAAGGAGCUAUCAGUAGUGGUAGCAAAAGAGAUAAAUGAUGUGGUUGCAGAACAAGUUACCGAAACAGUUGAAACGAUUGAACCACCAACCGAAGAGGAGCAACAAGUAGUGGCAGCAAAAGAGAUGGGCGAGGUGGUCGCAAAAGAAGUUACUGAAACGGUUGAAUCUCCAACAGAAAAGGAGCUAUCAGUAGAGGUAGCAAAAGAGAUAAAUGAUGUGGUUGCAGAACAAGUUACUGAAACAGUUGAAACGAUUGAACCACCAACAGAAAAGGAGCAACAAGUAGUGGCAGCAAAAGAGAUGGGCGAGGUGGUCACAAAAGAAGUUAGUGAAACGGUUGAAUCUCCAACAGAAAAGGUGCUACCAGUAGUGAUAGCAAAAGAGAUAAGCGAGGUGGUUGCAGAACAAGUUACUGAAACGGUUGAACCUUUAACAGAAAAUGAGCAUCCGGUAGUGAUAGCAAAAGAGACAAGUGAAUCCAUUGAGGCUCUCAAGAAUAAGGAGCAAUCAGAUGACGUUAUUUCCCAGAAAGAAUUAGUAGAAGUUAUAGCACCAGAGGUUAGUGCAUCCUUUGACCCUCCUAAGAACAACGAGCAGGCAGAUGAAGGUUUUCCAAUGACAGAAUCUGGUAAGAGACUAAAAGAGGAGCCUCCAGCUAAAGAAUGUGUCAGCGUAGACAAUGAACCAAGGGAGGAACCAGAGACAAGUCUUGUUCCAGACUUAUUCGUUGAACCUCUCAAAAAAGAAGAGCAGACUAAUGAGGUUCUUACAGAAGAAGAACAAGUAGAAAUUAUCACAAAAGAAAUUAUUGAAACAUUUGAACCUCCAACAGAAAAGGAGCAGCCCGUUGAAGUUGACCGCCAAAAAGAAUCAGGAGAAGUGACAGAAAGAGAAAUUACUGAACCCACAGAACUCGUUCAUCCAGCUCAUGAAUCGAGGGAAGUGACUGCAGAGAAGAUUAGUGAAACUGUUGAACUUUCCAAGGAAAAUGAGUUGUUAACCGAAGUUCAUCCAGUGAAAGACUUGGAAGUCGUACCAAAAGGCACUAAUGAAUCCAUUGAACCUCCCAACAACAAGGAGCAGCUAGAUCCAGUUCUUUCCCAGAAAGAAUCAUCAGAAGUCAUAGCAAAAGAGACUAGUGCAUCCUUUGAACCUCUAAAGAACAAGGAGCAGGUAGAGGAAGAUUUUCCAGUUACAGAAUCUGGAGAAGUGAAGGGAAAAGAGACCAGUGAUUCCACAGGUUCUGAAGAAGUUGAGAAACAAGAACCCGAAGCAAUUAAAGUACAGGAAAAUGUGAGAGAAUUACCUGAGCUGACCGUUCAAGAAACUGACGUGGAGGUUGAAAAUAUAAAAGAUGAGAAGACAUUGGCUUCUGAAGAUGACAUUAACCCACCCAUUGAGGAAGGAAAACCCCAAGAAGAAGAGGCGCAAUAUGCAGUGGAAAGUGAUGAACAAGUUUCAGUUAGUCAGGUGGCUAAAUGUAACCUUAUAGAAGAUUCUGAUAAGGGCUUAGAACAGGAACAACAAGCUAAAGAAUUUGUCAGUAUAGACAAAGAGCUGAGGAAGAAACCAGAGACAACUUGUGUUCCAGAAUUGUCUGCUGAACCUUCCAAGAAAGAAGGGCCGGUUGAAGUUCUUUUAGCAGAACAGGCAGAGGUGAUUGAAAAAGAAAUAACUGAAGUAGUUGAACUUCCGACAGAAAAGGAGCAGCCCAUUGGAGUUCAUCCACUAGUGGUGGAAAAAGAGAUUACUGAGCCCACAAACCUUCCUAAGACAAAGGAACAUGCAACUGAAGUACAGCCAGUGCAAGAAUCAAUGGAAGUCAUAGAAGAAAACAUUAGUGAAUCUGUAGAAGUUCCGAAGGAAAGUGAGUUGCUCAUUGAAGUUCAACCCGAGAAAGAAUUAGAAGUCGUGGCGGAAAAAGACACUAGUGAAUCCAUUGAACCUUCCAAGAACCAGAAGCAACCAAAUGAAGUUCCACCUGAGAAAGAAUCAGAAGUUAUAGCAAAAAAGAUUAGUGAGUUCGUACCUCCCAGCAACACAAAGCUUCCAGAUGAAGGUUCUCCUGUGACUGAAUCUGAGGAGGUGAGAGCAAAAGAGACAGGUUCGGAAGCAGUUGAAAAACGAGAACUUGAAGUUACAGAAGUCAAGGAUGGUAAAGAAGAAUCACCUGAAAUAACCAAUCAAGUUCUGAAUGAUUAUGUGAAGGUUGAAACUGAGGCAAUUGAGAAGAGUGGAAGUGUGAAAGGUGAGAAGUCAUUAGCUCUUGGGGAUGACAGUAAGCCACCUUUGGGAGUAGAACAAAUCCACAAAGAAGAGGAGCAACGCACAGAGGAAAGAGACAGACAAGAUUCACUUCGCCAGGGGGCUCAACCUAGUGUAGAAUUAACUGCAGGGGACUUUCCUCCUCAGGAUGUGAAAAAAGAUGAAAAAAAGGAAUCGAUCAAUAUCGAUGGGGUUGAAAAGGUGGGAGAGGAAAUACAGAAAUUAACUCUGCCAAGGGAAGAGGUGGCUCCAAGAGAUUUUGAAACUGAUGCUGUGGUAGUAGAAAAGUCAAUUGAUGACCAAAAGGCUGGUGAUAUAGCUGGCCUGAUUGCGGAAACCAAGAUAGAGGAGAGUAUUAAAGAUGAGAAACCAGCAGAGGUUGAAACUGGCAUAGCUCAUGUAAAUGAAACGCCUAAAGAACCCCAGGAACCUGAGUUGGAAGUAAAAGAUAAAGAAGCUGUGAAAACAGGAGAAGUUGCAAAAGUGAAUGACAAGAAAGAAGUUCCAUCAAAGCAUAGUCAUAAGCAUUCACACAAUCUUUUAUCGAAAGUAAAACAGUCACUGGUGAAGGCAAAGAAAGCUAUCAUUGGUAAGUCACCCAGCUCAAAAACCCUUUCCUCUGAAGCAAGGGAUGACGUUAAAGUUAAGUGAUGGUGUGGAACUAAUAAACACUGAAUAGUUCACACGAAUGCCGUAUUACCCUUAUUGUUUGGACACGCAGCAUAUUCAGCGUUGCGGUGUCAGUAUCAUUUGAUUUCUCUUGGUUUGUUUCUUAUUCAGAAAAGAGUGUGUAUAGAAGAAGGUUUCCUUUAAUGCUAUACUUGAUACUGUACGAAUAUAUUGGUUCUUCUUUGUAUUUAUUAUUUGGUGGUGUUUUUUUUUUUAUAGUAAUUAUAAGAAGAUGUGGUUGUGAGGAUUUUUUGGGAUAGUUUUCAUAGUUGUAAUGUAAACUUUAAUAUUGUACCGUGAUGUGUAUAUUGUCAGCAUUUUUGUGGA